AUGUCGUCCAUCCAGAAACCGGGGGGCGCCAAGCGGCGCGCAUGUGUCAAUUGCACCGUGGGAAAGGCCAAAUGCUCCCCGCACUCCAAUGACAUCUGCGAGAGGUGCCAUCGGCUUGGCAAAGAGUGUGUCUAUCUGAACGUGGCGGACAAGAGAAAGAGCCCUGGGAGCAAUACAACAAGGCGCGUGAAGCUUCUUGAGAAGCGGGUCGAAGGCCUGGUAUCACUUCUUACCAACCCAUCACUGCAAUCCACUGCAUCCCCUGAUCCAUUGAUCCAAACAUCUGGUCCAGAACCCCAACCUCAGCAGUCAAUCGGGACCCUCCGGGAACCCCAGUCACAGCCCUAUAGUAUCCCUUCUGUUUCAAGCGUUGGCGUUGCAUCCCUUACCCAGCUCACUCCCCCGACGUCUGAUGCCGGCAGUGCGUGGGGAACCAGGCCACCUGAUGUUGUGGAUAGAGGUCUCCUGAGUGCCGAAGUAGCACACGAAACCCUCCAAACUUUCCGAAACAAGGCCAUCAACCAUUUCCCAUUCGUUGUUCUUCCUCAUCAUGCCAAUCUCCACUCCGUCCGGAGGGAUACCCCCUUUUUGUUCCUCUGCAUAAUGGCCACGAUGAUGGUCAAGGAUUGCACUCUGCAGCGGCAGCUAGGGGAGGAGAUAAGAACACAGGCUUAUCAAAGGAUAAUGAUGGGCCGGGAGAAGAGUAUGGACUUGCUGCAAGGGCUUUUGGUCCAUGUUGCCUGGUACCAGUAUCAGCUGCAGCCACAGAAACAACAGAUGUUACUAAUGACCCAGCUCUGCGUGAAUCUCGUUUACGAGCUUGGGAUCGAGAAAUGCCCUCGAGCGAGAAGUCAAAAUGCGACUGCAGGCAUUUUGUACCCUUCAGACACUCAAACCACCCUCUGUCCCAUUGAGGUUCGAGCAUUAUUAGGCACAUACUACCUGGCUGCAACAUUUACCACGAAGCUUAAAAAAAGAAGUCUCAUGCCGCAUACCAAGUUUAUGAAACAAGCCAGCCGAUGGUUAUCAGAACGAAGAGAGUACCCCACAGAUGAGCUCAUCCCGUACUUGGUAGAUAUGCAGGAGCUUUCAAGACGGAUACACGACACUUUUUCUUUUGACAAUCCAGGGAACAUUGAUUCAGUGGCAGGCUCUGUCACUGAGUCGAUGACCAAAUGUUAUCUUGCAGAAAUUGACUCCCUUCAGUGUUCCAUCCCUCAGGUCUUAAUGCAAAAUGGUAAAGCUCAUCACAUCCCCCCUUACCGUUUCGUGAGCUCACAACGUCAAACAGCCACAUUGGCCCUAGAGUUCCCCGCGAUACGCGCGAUGAUCCAAGAAAGCGCGCUGUUUGAUGAACUCUGGUGUGGUUCUGAUGCCUCUGCAGCGAGGCCAGCUUCUAUAUUCCCGGCAGCUCGAACCAGUUUGACCUGGGACUCAAUGCAGAGCUAUAAAUUAUUAAUAAAGGGCCUCGUGGAAUACCCCAACGCAGAUGCCUUCUACCUCACAUUCUCCACCUUCUCGAAGCUGUGCUCUGUUCUAUCAUGGCUUGCCAAGCUUGUGAACAUUGCGCUUGGUCCUCCCAAAAGUAGCGCAGAUGUCCCCAGCGAUUCAUCAAUAGCACAAUCUGCUUCACACCCUUGGGCAUCCAUGGUCGCGGGGGACGUGGAGCUGCGAAAUCUAGUCAGGCAGGCCCAACACAAGCUCAACUGCAUGUCGGCUGAUAUCGCGAGCGAAUCGGCCGAGCCGGAUUCCAUGACGACGUUCUCGAUCCUCGUCGGGAGCGCGCUUUCGGUUUACGAUAAGCAGCUGCAGGAAUAUCAGAGAUCUUCCCAGCAACAAGCCCCCGCGGAACCUCUCCUCAACCAGACCAUACCAGCCGGAGCUGAGGUUGGCGAAUUUCCUGAACUUUAUCCAGUGCCGCCUCCCGAUGCUGCAACCUUGGACUUCUUCGGGAACCUGAUGCCCCAGUUCUGGGACGAUAAUGCUGGGUUUCAGCUUGAUGCGUUCCAGGACAUGAUCUGGGAUAGAUUCCUCGACGAUGCGAUACUGCUCCCUUGA